GCAACCGCUUGCCAAGCUAAGCAGAUGUGCAGACGGGUCGUGAGUUAAUUUUUCGUCGCUGAUUCUCGAAACGAACCGAACCGAACGGGACCGAACGAUUUAUGAAUGAGCGGCGCGCAGCGUGAGACAAACAUUCAUUAUUCCCAUACAACCAUACAACAAUCGUUCAAUCUCGACGAGAACGUGAACGAAAUUUCAAAAGCAAAACCGAGGAAAAUACGAUAAACAAGAAACACACACACGAAACGAUAGCGCAGCGUAAAAGUUUAUUAAGAAAGAAAACGUUUGUUAUUGCUGCAACAACAACAACAACAACAGCAACAAAAACAACUGCGAGCACUUUGGUAUAAACAAAAAGAAAAAAAAAAACGAGCGCGGAAAUUGCAGUUGCAAACAAAACAAACGCUUCGAUUGUCAAGAAAUUCCCUUAAUUUUUUUGCAUUUCGCACACCUCCCCCCACCCCCACAACAUAAAAGAAAAAACCAGGAAAAAAUUACAGAAGAAAAUAUAAAGCUAAAUAGUGCGUAAAAAUCGGUUUUCUGAUCGCUUCGCUUCCAGUUGCGUUGCGUUGCGUGCGAGUGUGUGUGAGAGUGAGUGUGUGUGUGAGAGUGCGUGUGUGUGCGUAUGUGUGUGCGGGAGAGCGCGUCGCGUGUGUUUUUGUUUUAGAUUACUAAAAUUCUCGCAUAAGCUGCAAACGAAUGAAAAAAGAAAAAGGAAAGAAAAAAAAACAUGUUGAAAUAGAAAUUGAAAUCGAAAUUGAAAUGUUGAAAACCACAACAAAGUCAAAUAUGCGUCAAGUGAAAAGUGUGCUUUUUUUAAAAAACGCUUUGGAAAUUGCACAAAUAUUUUAAAUUAGUGAAAAGCAAGUCAAAAUUGUCGAUUGGUGUAUAAAUAAGAAAUAAGAAUUGUUUUGUGCGUAUUUUUUUAAACUGAGUUUCUAGUUUCUCUCGUCUCGCCCUGCUACAACCCGUCUUGCUCUAGCACCAUAGAGAGGCCGCCGAGCAGCUGCAAGCGCGUCAAAAAGAUUCGAAGCGUUUCUUCCAUGGAUUAAGGUGCAUUUCAUUUUUACAGCAGGCGGCCAGUUGUGUUUAGUUGUUCGUGUUUUUUGAUAUCGACACAUUUCUCCAUUGCUGUUGUGUCUGGUUUUGCCUUGGGCGCAUGUCAAUCAUACGCAACGUUGUGCGUUGCUCAAAGCCAAUCGAUUGAAGUAAAGCUUGAAGCUGGUAGAUUUGCAUGAAAAUUGCAACCAAAAAAGAAUCACACUUCAUGGCCAUACUACAAUGACCAAUGCUCGUGAGCUGACAUUGAUCGAGAAAUGGGCUGACAUUGCAACGCCGCCGACUCCGACGCUGCCAACGCUAUCGCCAACAUCGCCGCGAGCAAUCAUCAAGUUCUGCUGUUGUCCGCAACGCAGGCGCUACACUCUAAAGCCGCCCAAGUUCAAGUCUUCGGCAAAUACGCUGCAUGCUAGAAAUAUAUUCGUUGAUAGCGAUUUUACAUAUAUUGAUGAUGUGCCACGCGCCAGUCACAACAGCAACAGCAACGCCAAUAACAGCAACAACAAGCGACGCCAAGAUUGCGAAAGUGAUUACGAUUGCAAUGAUUAUGAUGAUGAUGAGCCAAAUGAUAUCGCUGAGAUCUGUGGCAACAACAAAAGCAGCAACGACCACGACGGAAAUGUGGCGCUGAUAUUAAUGAAUCAACGAAAUGUGCCUGAACAAUGGCGGCAGGACUACAAAGACAACAGCAGCACCAACAACAGCAACAAGCGUAGCAGCGAACUAGCAGCAGCAAGACCAACAGCAACAACUACAAGUAAAACUUGCUCUGUCACAAACUGCCAGCAGAGUGGCAAUGAGCAGCAGCAGCAGCAGCAGCAACAACUACAACUACAACAACAAAAACAGCAACAAACAACCCAAAGACUUAGCAAUAGCUUGCAACAGCAACAGCAACAGCAACAACUGCAACAUAGCAAUAAGGAAAAUACACUAAGCAACAACAGCAGCAAAAACAACAACUACAAUAAGCCGCGCUGUAAUUAUUGUAAAUUACCCGACGACGCCGAGCCCCAAACGAACAACAACAAAGACAACAACUCGAAAAUUGAUUCACCGAAGUCGUCGCAGAAUAAAAUGACAAUUACGACAGCAACAACAACAACGAACGUGGCAGCAACGGCCACAAGCAGCGAGUGUGGGUUGACACUGCCAACAGCAACAUCAACAGCGACAACAGCGACAGCAACGGCAACAGCAACAGCAGAAGAGUUUGUGGGUGCUGCCACAGAAGUACUGUGCAGCGAUAAAGCAACAUUGACAGCAGCAACAACAAUAUCGACAUCGCCGACGCCGCCGCCAACACCAACACCAACAACACCUAAGCCCAGCAUAGCAGCACGUCCGACUACACCCAGCCGCCUCAAGACUGUGAUCAAAACGACAAUGGUGAAGCGUAGUCCUAGCCAUGACUCAACGCCGGCAACUGCGACGCAUAUGCUGCAACCGAACAGCUGCAACGGCAACAACACCAACAACAGCAAUGGCCACGACGAGCCCAGACGUUCGGUUAGGGAGCGCAUCGCCGCCUUUGCGGCAGGAAAUGAGCAACAACAACAACAAAAAAUCGGAGUCAACGCGGCGCGGCAAAAUAGCAGCGGCCAGAAAUUUAGUAAAAUUCAGUGCAAUACAAAUCAAAACACCAUGACAAGCGAUGUGAAAAGUGCAAUUAGCAGUGGCAGUCACAGCAGCAGCAACAACAGUCAGCAGCAACAACAUCAAACGCUUAUCAACGGCAACACAACGCCGCCGGCAACGGCAGCAGCCAUCACGUCAGUCUGCAGUGCGACUAUCGCAACUGACACGACGCGCUACAAAUCGGGAUUAAGUGAUGUAGCGGCCGACGAGGACGUUGAUGAUGCAGCCGUGGCAACAUCAACAGCAAUGGCAAUGGCAACGGCAACGGCAACUUCAUCUGCCACUUCUGCGCCAGCUGCAAGCGUUUUUAGCACCGGUUGUGCAACUAUGCCGCGCACUCGCCAAUACGGAAGCAAUGUUGCAGGAGGAGCAGCCAUGACAGCUGAUAAGAAAUUCUUAAGCCGUGUACCCUCCGCCAACACUUCAGCAACACCAGCAUCAGUUUCAGCUGCACCACAGCAACAUCAUAAGCUGCAAUUUGCGGAUAAGGCCGAACUCAAAUUGGCCACACUAGACAAUCUGGACCUGGCGCACAGUCUCGACCUGAUAGACGACGAUGGUGAGGAUCCGUACGGUGCACUCCAGGACUAUUUGGAGCGUGUUAAGCUGGAAAUCAAUGAGGUCUUCGAGCUACGCAAGGCGCAGCGUUUACAGCAGCAACUGCAGGAGCAAUUCGAAUCGGUACGCCAAGCAGCCGCGGCAGCCAAACAGCUUGAUGAAUUGUCGCGUUCUACGGAAUCUGAUAGCGGCUUUGACAGCAGCAGCACCACAGCAACAACAGCGGCCACAACAGCAGCAGCAACAACUGCGCAAGGCAACAGCAGCAAAACAGUGACAACUAAACUAAGAGCUUUGCCUCCAGCACCGCCAAGUCCAGAAUCAGGCAUCGUCUCCGGCACGAGUCGACGCCCUUCGACAAUGACAUUGCCAGCCGCUGGACAGCCGGAUGAUGUGCACAUUUGGGCAAACAAAUUUCUACGUGAUUUGGACAAUCUGAUGGGUGGCGAUAAGCUGCCACCGCAUAUAGCAGCCAUUGUCGACUCCGAUUCGGCGUCGACCAGCAGCUCGCCCACGUCCAGAACAGCGCCCAUGCUGCUCUCGGCGGCAGCCAGCGCAGCACUGCAGAGUCGCUUUGGCAAGGGCCCAAGCUCAGUUGUAAGCGAAGAACAGCAGCAGAACGGUCAAAACGGACUCGUCUUGAAACCGGAGAAGCAUGCAACCAUUCCAUUGCAAUCGUUUAACCUUGAUUGCGGACGCAACGAGGCAGCAGCAGCCAAGCCAAAAGUUGUUGCCUAUAUGCGAACGCUGUCGGCGCCGGGCGGCCAUGGGGCAGCACCAAAAGCAACUGUGGCACAGGGGGCACAGAGCCAGCGCAAAAGUCUGGCGCUGUCCGCAUUUAAUGGCCAUGCAGAGACGUCGACAGCGGCAGCGACGUCAACAACUCAUAAGCUGACAAAUUUCCAAAGCGCAUUGAAAAUCGAAGAGCUCACAGCGGCGGCGGCAGCAAAAUCAACUCCGACCACCAUGGAUGAUUUGAAAUCUAGGCGACAGCGUCAAUUCGGUGGCUUGGACAUGGAAACCGCUACCAUGUCGAUGCCAAAACGGGUGGGCAUUAAUCAUGCAGCAGUCGCGACGUCGCCAACGUUGACGAGCAGAAAUGUUAUAACCCCGCCGCCAGCAAAGGCAACCGCCGUUGGAUCUGCAGCAAGUGGAACGCAGCUGACCUCGGUGAAAGGCGCUGCCACGCCUGGCUAUCUGGUGGAUGUGACCAAAAAAGGAUCCACCUCAACGAUAUGGACAUCAGAGGAGUCCAUACUGCGCAGCGUUGGCGCCGUCGAUGAAGAUAACAACUCCACUUCGUCCUCUUCGGCCUGUGAGGAGGCAACCGGUGUGCUGAGCUCCGGUAAGUCCGGCAUUUCGCUCGACUCUUCCGGUCUGGAUAACGACAAUAAUGAGAGCGGCAUUGGGACAGCCACGCCGCCCAAGGACAUGUCCUACUGGAAGAGCCACCAUCUACAGCACCAUCAUUCGCACCAUCAUCAUCAUAGGACAGGCGGCAGUGCGCCCGACAACGAGUCCGUGAGCAGCCUGGAGGCGCUUCGCAAGAUGAAAUUCCAAAAGAGCGGCUCGGUAGCCUCCUCCGACGAUCCCGAUCUGCUCGAGGUGCUCAGCCUAUGCGGCAGUGGCGGCGAGGCAGCCAAUGAGUCCCAGGAUGAUAUGCUGGACGACCAAACAGGCAAGCCGCUGCCAAACAAAACCGCUGCCGCCGAAUACGACGAAUGUCAGGAUGAAUUCGAGAUGGCCCAACACUACUGCGACUGCGAUUGCACCGAUGGCGAUGCGAGCAGUGCCAGCGGCGGUACUGCCUCCAUUGCCACACCGGUUGUGCUGCGUCGCAAGUAUAGCGCCGCACCGCCCAUCAUGGUGCCGCUACCAUGUAUGACACGUCGCAACCAGCGCAGCCUCUCGCUUGACCAUCACCAUCAACUGCUGCUGCAGCCGAGAAAACUGCUGCCGCGCCACAACCACAAGGAACGCGCCCAACUGUCGCUGGCACUGCGCCAGGAACCCUUCCAGUCGCUGCUCUCGCCCACAGCCGCGGCAGUAACGCAACUGCAUCACUUUGUGGAGCUGCCAUCGCCCAGCAGCGCCUCGCUGCACAGCGACACCGGCGGCAUUCAGGAACUGACCACCAAGUCAAACUCAGCCCCGCUGCUGCUCAAGGAGCGUGAGCGGAGUCGUCGAUGCGAUGAUUUUGCCGCACAACAUUUGACGCUGCGCUAUUCUCGUUCGCAGAGUGAUCGCUAUUUAGCAGAAAUCGAAGCCGUGGAGGCAUGUAAAUGGCUGCGGGCGGCUGGUUUUCCGCAAUACGCGCAAAUGUACGAAGAUCAUCAGUUUCCGAUUGAACUCAACAAUGUAGCCAAAGAUCACACCAAUCUUGAGAACGAUCAGCUGCAGUCGCUCUAUCGGCGACUCUGUGUUCUCAAUCGUUGCGCCAACAUGCGACUGGAUCAGUCACACAAGCCGCAGACGCCACAGCAGAAGGAGGAAUCUGAUGAUGAGAACUUUGCGCUUAGCGAGAACUGGACAUUCCAACCACACAUUCGACGCUGGUCGCGCAUUGGCGAAAUGGGUUUAGAGCUGCCACCGCCGGGACAUCUCAAUCUGGAGAAAACCGAGAGCUCCUCCAAGGAGUCCAGUCCGGAUCGGUUUGAUGACGAUACCUAUGACAUUGGCGGCGCUGGCAUCACCCUGAUGAUACCCGGCUGCAGCAGCAGCAAGGGUGACGCCAAUGACAGUUCCCUGCUCGAGAGCUCCGAUGGAGCUGGAGCACGUCUGCGUCGCUCGGGCAGUGAGCGCUUCAAGGAUGGCGCCAAGGCCUUCCUGCGGCGUGUCGAGUCCAUCAAGUCGCGACGUCGCAAGCGCCAGAAUCGGGAGAAUGUGGUAAUUAGUGGACCCCAAGUGCUUGAUCUGGCACAGCUGGGCCAGCGUAGCAGUUUGCGUAAACCGGACGCCGUCUACUCCACGCCCCCCUCGCCGUCGGCUCUAAGUCCCAUACACACAUUCCCCAAGGUGCCGUUCUUUGGCAACGAGCUGAAGGUGCCCAGUCAUAGCGAGAACUUCCUCAGUCCCAAUCGUUCCAGUCCCAAGCGCACGCCCACAACACCCCGCUCGAUGCGAACAAGUCCGCUGCACUUCUUUUCCAGCCCGAUGACCCAGCUGAAGGAGGGCAAGUCGGAUGAUUCCUCCUCCUACUACAGCGACAGUCAAGAGUCGUCGACGGGCGGCAAACUAUCGCUAUCCCUGCGCAAACCCUCCAAGGCUAGACGUUUCCUGCAGCGCUCCGGCAAGGUGGACGACAUUGGUGCCCACUCCGACUCUGAGUGCCAUCAGGGACGCAAGCUGCUCAUCAAGGAUGCCAAUUCCAAUACCACUGAGGUGAAGAUCAAGAAAUUAACGCGCGGCGGCUCACUCAAUCUGGGCAAGGAUGCGAAGAAACGGGAUGGCAUCCGUUCGUCCUCCUUCCGUUCGCGUAGCACAUCCCGCAAGGAGCCGAAGAACGAGGAGGAGCACACUGCCAGCUCCAAGCGACAGCCAGUGGUGCGCUGGCAUAGCUUCCAGAUGGAGGAGCGUCCCAAUAUGAUCUUUCGCAAAUGCUUCUCCCAAAAGAUCGAGCCCCAUGUCCCGGAAGAGGAUGCUGGCAUUCCCUUUGCUGCCAUGUCAGCUGGCCAGCUGCAAAUCAUUCGCAAGUUGGCUCUGGUCACACUGACGGGCUACAUGGAACGCUAUUGCCCCAGCCAUCGCUCCGGCUGGAACUGGGAGCUGCCCAAGUUUAUCAAGAAGAUUAAGAUGCCCGACUACAAGGACAAGAAGGUCUUCGGAGUACCACUUCUUCUAAUCCUUCAGCGCAGCGGUCAAACCCUUCCGCUGGUGGUGCGCUCUGCUUUCCGCUGGCUGCAGCUAAACGCUCUCGACCAAGUGGGACUCUUCCGCAAGAGUGGCGGCAAGUCGCGCAUCAUGAAGCUGCGAGAACAGAUCGAGGUUACCGAGUCCACGGCAGAGUGCAUGGACGUGUUCGACUUGCAGCAGGCAUACGAUGUGGCCGACAUGCUCAAGCAAUACUUCCGCGAGCUACCCGAAUCGCUGCUAACCACCAAAAUGUCCGAGACUUUUGUGGCCAUCUUUCAGCAUUUACCCGCUGAGGUGCGCCUGGAUGCGGUUCAAUGUGCUGUACUCCUGCUACCUGAUGAGAACCGGGAGAUACUCUAUGUGCUGCUGGAGUUCCUCACCAUUGUGGCUGCCAACUCGCAGCUGAACCAAAUGACCAGCAACAAUCUGGGCGUCUGCCUGGCCCAGUCCAUAUUCCACUCGUCCAUCUCAACAGGCUCCGCAUCCGUUUCGGCAUCGCCGCGACGCAAGGGCAAGGGUUCGGGCAUGCCCGAUAUGAAAGAGCUGGCCGAGGCGAAGGCCUCCCACGAAUGUCUCUCCUUUAUGAUCGAGCACUACAAGCCCAUAUAUACGGCCUCCAAGGAGAAGCUCGGUAAAUGCAACUUUGGUUACAUGGAGGAGUCAAAGCCCGUGCCACUGGAGGCUCUCGGCGAGGGCAUGCAAUUCCACAACUGGCGCGGGUACCUAUACGAGUGCACCAGUGCCACCAUUAAAGAGGGACGCGAGAAAACGCGAAGCUGGAUCACGAUCAAUUCACUGAACGACAGCAACGUGGACAUUGCUUACAAAAAAGUGGGCGAUGGUCAUCCAUUGCGUCUCUGGCGCUGCUCCACGGAAAUCGAGGGUCCGCCGCGUGAGGUACUCGAGUACAUAAUCAAACAGCGUGCCUCCUGGGAUCCCAAUCUGCUGCAAUGCCAAACCGUUAAGAAGCUGGACGAUCGCACCGAAAUCUAUCAGUAUGCUCUGGAUGGUCAGCUGACCACAGACUUUUGUGUCCUGCGAUCCUGGCAAACGGAUUUGCCGCGCGGUGCCUGUGUCAUUGUGGAAACGUCAAUCGAUCAUGCCAAGGCCAAGCCGCUGUUCUGUGCUGUGCGUGGCGUCGUCCUGGCCUCCCGCUACCUUAUCGAACCCUGCGGCAGUGGACGUUCCCGAGUCAUGCACUUGGCACGGGUGGAUGUCAAGGGCAAGACACCGGAGUGGUACAACAAGAACUAUGGGCACAUUUGCUCACAUUACUUGGCCCGCAUACGUCAGGCCUUCAAGCAUGUCGCGGAUGGGCCCGAGAGUAAGGUUUAAUAUGGAUCUAUAUAGAUACAAGUGUAACCCACACUUCUCGCAAGCAUUUCGAUAUUACAACCCCAACGAGUAGAUAAAUCAAACAACCUGGACCACAUUGAACUUUUAAGAUACACUACUCAGAGCGAGGGCAGUAAAAAGAUAUAUAGACAUAUAUAUUUUAAAAUAAUAUAUAUUUUUGUAAAUACUUAACUAGUUAUGAUAAUUCCAAAAUCUUGUUUACAAAAGCUUCAAUACGUUUUUUGUUUAACUAUAAUUUACUGUAUUAUAUUUAUAUGUGGUCUUAAUUUAUGCAUACUUUAACUUUAACUCUUACUUUACGAAACGAAAUCUAACAUCCAAAAUACUCAACACAUAAAUAUCACAAAUGUACUUUUAUGAUUUCUUACAAAAGCUUCAAAUUAUGUUUAUGGCACCCCAAUAUCUUUAAUGUUAAUUAGUUUGUAGACUUCGCACUGUGUAAAACGUUAAACAUAGAUAAACAUUUCUAGAAAUCAGAAGAAACCAACCUUUAAAUAUGUAAAGCAAAUUCAGCUAGUCAAAUUCUGUAAUUUUAAGUUAAAUUACUAACCCCAAUACACUCAACAAAAUUGCUUACCAAGUUAACGACAAAUUGCAUUGGUUCGGUUUCAACCAGUAAAAAAAAAUUAUUUGAUUGGGUAAUAUUAAGCAACGCCUUUAUAAGCAUGUUUUCAAAUGCAAUUCAAAUAUUUAUGGUGUUGUAUCGGAGUUAAUGCUAGUUUUAGGCACAUCGUAUAUAUUAUUGAUGUAUGUAUGUACAUGUAUGAACCUUAUGAUCCUUGAUCAAUAUAUUGUAAAUGCCCUUUUUGGCGAUAUAGUUUUAUGAAUGUAUAUCUAUGUAUAUCUAUCUAUAUAUCUGUAUGCUACGAUAAUAUAAAUGUAUGACAAGUACGAGUUAUCAACUACUACAGGCAGUAAUGACAAAUAAAACCAAACCAACCAAUGUCAAGGAAUGGUGUGUGGAAAGCGAAGCAUAUCCCUAUGUAUUACUUAUACAUAAUCAAAUAGAUACAACUGAAAAGAAACACAAUAAAAUUACUUUGAAAUGUGCAAAAAAUAA